CACCUACCGGGCGACCCCCGAGUCCCGGCCCCCUCUUGGCCGCCGCGUCGCCCUCCCAACCCGACCGGGCGGAGGAGCUGCGGACGCGCUGAUUGGCUCCGGGGGAAGCGGGAGGCGAGAACAAUGGCCCCCUCCCCCAGUUAAAAGGGAGCGGCUCCCGGGCCCGGGGAUAGGGACGCGCGUGCAGGGCGCAGAGCCGGGCCGAGCCGCCGCCGGCGCCACGCGAGUCCCGCCGCCGUCGCCGCCGCGCCCGGGCCAUGGGCCGAGGGCACUGAGGGCCGCCGGGGCCGAGCGCGAAGGUGGGACCGAGCCAGCGCCUCGCCCUCGCGCCGCGCCAACAUGCCCCGCGGCUUUCUGGUGAAGCGCAGCAAGAAGUCCACGCCCGUGUCCUACCGGGUCCGCGGCGGCGAGGACGGCGACCGCGCGCUGCUGCUCUCGCCGGGCUGCGGGGGCGCCCGCGCCUCGCCCCCGGCGCCGAGCCCCGGGCCGGGCCCUCUGCCGCCGCCGCCCGCCGAGCGCGCCCAUGCGACGCUCGCCGCCGCGCUCGCCUGCGCGCCGGGCCCGCCUCCACCCCCGCCGGGGCCGCGGGCCGCGCACUUCGGCAACCCCGAGGCCGCGCACCCCGCGCCGCUCUACAGCCCCACGCGGCCCGUGAGCCGCGAGCACGAGAAGCACAAGUACUUCGAGCGCAGCUUCAACCUCGGCUCGCCCGUCUCGGCCGAGUCCUUCCCCACGCCCGCCGCGCUGCUCGUUGGAGGCGGCGGCGGCGGCGGCGGCGGCGGGGCCAAUGGCGCGGCCGGCGGCGGCACCUGCGGCGGCGACCCGCUGCUCUUCGCGCCCGCCGAGCUCAAGAUGGGCACGGCGUUCUCGGCAGGCGCCGAGGCGGCCCGCGGCCCGGGGCCCGGCCCCCCGCUACCCCCCGCCGCCUCCCUGCGACCCCCAGGCAAGCGACCCGCGCCCCCCGCUGCCGCCGCCGCCGCCGCCGAGCCGCCCGCCAAGGUAGCCAAGGCCCCAGGCGCCAAGAAGCCCAAAGCCAUCCGCAAGCUGCACUUCGAGGACGAGGUGACCACGUCGCCCGUGCUGGGGCUCAAGAUCAAGGAAGGCCCGGUGGAGGCGCCGCGGGGCCGCGCGGGGAGCGCGGCGCGGCCGCUGGGCGAGUUCAUCUGCCAGCUCUGCAAGGAGGAGUACGCCGACCCGUUUGCGCUGGCGCAGCACAAGUGCUCGCGCAUCGUGCGCGUGGAGUACCGCUGCCCCGAGUGCGCCAAGGUCUUCAGCUGCCCGGCCAACCUGGCCUCGCACCGCCGCUGGCACAAACCGCGGCCUGCGCCCGCCGCCGCCCGCGCGUCCGAGCCCGAAACCGUUGCCAGGGCUGAGGUGCGGGAGGCGACGGGCGGCGGCAGCGACCGCGACACGCCGAGCCCCGGCGGCGUGUCCGAGUCGGGCUCGGAGGACGGGCUCUACGAGUGCCACCACUGCGCCAAGAAGUUCCGCCGCCAGGCCUAUCUGCGCAAGCACCUGCUGGCGCACCACCAGGCUCUGCAGGCCAAGGGCGCGCCGCCGGCGCCCCCCGCCGAGGACCUACUGGCCUUGUACCCCGGGCCCGACGAGAAGGCGCCCCAGGAGGCGGCCGGCGACGGCGAGGCGGCCGGCGUGCUGGGCCUGAGUGCGUCCGCCGAGUGCCACCUGUGCCCAGUGUGCGGGGAGACGUUCCCCAGCAAGGGCGCCCAGGAGCGCCACCUGCGCCUGCUGCACGCCGCCCAGGUGUUCCCCUGCAAGUACUGCCCGGCCACCUUCUACAGCUCGCCCGGCCUCACGCGGCACAUCAACAAGUGCCACCCAUCCGAGAACAGACAAGUGAUCCUCCUGCAGGUGCCCGUGCGUCCGGCCUGCUAGAGCGCGCCCUCCACCCCGGCCCCCCGAACCGUGCCUUCGCUUGGAGACCCACGAAGAGAGCGCGCCCCGACCCCGCGUCCGCGCCGGGGGCACCCACCCCCGGUGAAAGUGUCGUCUCCGCUUCUCUCGGUGUAGCGUGACGGUAACCCCGAUCCUCUCGUUGUGACUCCUUUUGGACCCCUCGCCCCCUUUGCGUUGUGUCCCCUUCCCCCCCAUGGCGCAACAGGAGCCAAUCUCUUUCUGUACAAGGGAGAAAAGCUGUACGCGUUUGUCUCGUGGUUGGAAGCCUCCCCUUGGAGGGGAGAUGUUUUUCUUGCUAGUAUUCUCUGUGCUCACGGUCUAGAAACGCGGUUUGCUCUCGCCUACCAAUCUCUGCUCUCUAUGUAUGUAGCGUACGGGUUGUUUUGGGUGAAUCUUGAGGAAUAAAUGCCUUUAUAUUUCACAGGCUGUAAAUUGAACUUCCCACACGAUUAGCUUUAUUAUGGCUUGUGAACUGCUGGAGUCUGGCUUUACCUUUUUGUAUGUGAACAAAUCAAAUUGCUUAAAGAGUUCUCUUUAGUCUAUAGCCACAAAUGCCUUGAACUGUUGUCUGUUUGGGAUUGUUUUUCGGGGGGAGGGAAGGGAAUUUUCAGAAGAUGCUGUAGAAACUGCCUCAAUGUUUCACGUAAGACUUUUCGGUUUGAUCAUCUUUGUUGAGGUAGGACUAUAAUGAGUUCCCUCUAAAUGUAUAUGUUGAUUUAUGAGUAAUUGUUAUUUAUUCUUUAUUUAUUUAUAUUAAUUAUGAAGAUUAUGAUAUUAUUUGAUUGCAGGUUUUUUUUGGUGCGCUUCCCCCCCCCCCCCGCCACUCUUGACAUUUCACUGUGCAUUUUAGAAGAGAGCCUUUUUCUAAGGGGAUCUGUUAAAAGUUUUAACUUUUAUACCUAUCUGAGCGAAUUACAGACAACCUACCAUUUUAUUCUGCUUGGAGCGCCCCCAGGGCCCUCGUACAAACGACAGCUCUUACUUUUAAAUGCAAUCUCUUUUCUACAUACAUUAUUUUCUUAAUUGUUAGCUAUUUAUAGAAAGCUUCAAUAGAACUGUUUCAACUGUAUAACUAUUUACUAUUCAAAUAAAAUAUUUUCAAAGUCAAA